AUGUCAAAAUCUACAAACAUCAUGCUCCCAUUCCUCUAUCCGUUCCUGAACGCUACCAACUGCUCAAAACGAACGACGAUCAAGGCAGCAGAUAAUCUCCUACGAACUCGCCGCCGAUGGCAGUCCACAUCCGGCCACAAUUUAUCGAUCGAACAAACUCCUGACGAAAAAACGGGGCCCGACCUUUCACACCUUAACCCUCCACCGUCAGACUACUCGCGAUUCAUCUUUCAGGAUAAAUGCACCGCGAAAUUGGUCGCUGGCUCCGGGGGAAACGGAUGUGUUGCUUUUCUUCGAGAAAAGUACAUUGAAGAGGGACCUCCAAAUGGUGGCGACGGAGGCAGUGGUGGAAGUAUAUACAUCCAAGCUAUCGACGGCUUAACGAGUUUGCACAAACUUGCGCGACAAGGGACCAUCCGAGCCGGAAGGGGUAAAAACGGACAGGGAAAGAGUAGAGGCGGGAAGCGAGGUCAUGACGUUCUGAUACAAGUACCGGUGGGGACCGUUGUCCGCGAAAUAUCCAGAUAUGAUCCCGUCGAAGAGGCAGAACAUAGAUACAAGAGUUUGAAGGGUUCGAUGCCCAAGGAAGAGCAGGCAAUGGGAAUGUAUGCAGCGCAACGCGACCGAUUCGUACUGUAUCCCGGCUCGCUUCCUUCCGACUUCCUGACGACGACUUUUCCGACGCUCGGUCCACCGCGACGGUCCAACCUUGCUGCGUUGGAGCCUCCAGCCCCGAUCCAUUUGGACUUGUCACGACAUAUGGAUCAGCCCAAGCUUCUAGCUGCAGGCGCGGUUGGUGGAUUCGGCAAUCCUCACUUUGUGGCACGCAAUAUGGGACGACCUAAAUUCGCAACGAAAGGCGAAGGAGGCAUGACUUUACACUUGGAAUUCGAGCUCAAAUUGUUGGCCGACGUCGGUUUAGUGGGGUUCCCCAAUGCAGGGAAAAGCACCCUACUUCGUUCUCUGACAAACAGUCGCACGAGAAUUGGGAAUUGGGAGUUCACUACGUUGUCUCCAAAUAUUGGCACCGUGGUUUUGGACGAUUUCAAGGGAAGGCCACGCGUAGAGUCGUCGAACAAGAAGAGUCCUCGCACAAACUUCACAAUAGCUGAUAUUCCUGGUUUGGUCGAGGAUGCGCAUUUGGAUCGAGGCCUUGGAUUGGGAUUCCUACGACAUAUUGAGCGCGCAGGCAUUCUUGGUUUCGUUGUUGAUCUCAGCUCCGCCGAUCCUGUUAAAACUUUACAGAAGCUCUGGCAUGAGCUGGGCGAAUACGAUAAAUUGCGCAAUGCAGAAAUCGAGUCAGAGCCUGUGAACAAGCAAUGGAUGGCUUCGAGUCCCCGAGACCCUCUACCACCGCUGGUUUUGCCGCCUAUUUACCGAAAGCCGUGGUUUGUUGUCGCUACCAAAGCUGAUUUACCUGACACUCGGAAGAACUUCGCUGCUCUCCAGGAUUAUCUGUCACAGAUUCAGGAAGGGUUUGUUAAGCACCCUAGCGGACACAAAGAUGCGUUUCGAGAGCGCCUUGUAGUGGUUCCGGUGAGUGCCAUCAAGGCCGAGGGGAUCAUCGACACCCGUGCACAAAACAGUCUGAAAUUCAUACCAAUGGAAGCUCUCAUCACCAAUAUAUUGUCUGCCAUUGACAACCCCCAGCUGCAAGAUCCUAUUCUGGAAUGUUUUCAGCACGAUAAAGAGAAACUUCUAUCUCUUCUUCGAGAUGACCCACAAGGUGCUCUGAACAUGGCAAACGCGAAAUUACAUGUCUUUCCAUUCAAGGAUGUGAAAUGGUGCUGGCGUCGUCUUUACACGGAUGCUUGUCUUGUGCUAGCAGUGCGGCUAAUCAAGGCGAAUAUCCAUUCUGACCAUGGGAGUGACUACCAUAAUGAUGACUCUUCUUGGCUUGCGGAUGUGGUGCGACCCCUAGACAUGGCGAUCAUAAUGACUGGUGCGCCCUGGCGAGAGGAGAUGAUUGAAUCACUGUUUUCUGCCUUGAAGGACUGGUUACGAGCAAAUAGAAAACAGUUUGAACAAUCAUCCAUAUCUUUUGAAUGCGGCGACGACGAACGCAGUGCAAAACGACAAAAAAUGAAUGUCCCCUUGUUUCCACCAGGAUCAGCUCCACUGCCUGAAAUAAAAAAGCCAAUUCCUCGAGUGUCAGCACCUUCUUUCUUCGCGAUGGAAAACCACAUACAAAAUGUGCGUACACCACUUGUUAUCACUGAUGCAAUUAAUAACUGGCCUGCAUUGAAUGAAAGGCCUUGGUCAUCCAAGGACUACUGGUUUGAGCACCUCCUAGAAGGGAGACGACUUGUCCCAGUUGAAAUUGGUCGUUCCUACACUGAUGAAGGGUGGGGACAGAAAAUCAUGCCGUUUUCAGAGUUCGUAGAUAUCCACCUCUGGCGGCUUAAGGAUGGUUCGAAGACAGCAACGAGCGAUGCAAAGCAGCAGAAUGAAGUUCAGACUGGAUAUAUGGCACAGCAUGAUCUUUUGGCACAGAUUCCUGCUCUACGAAAGGAUAUCGGUGUCCCGGAUUUCUGCUAUAUUGAUCCUCCGGGUCCUGAACCGGGAACGCCUGUAUAUCUGAAAAAGAUGCGGGAAAAGGAGGAAGCGAUGAAUAAGGAGAAAGACGAGAAUUCAAUCGACCAGGGCUCAGCGGGAAAUGCUACUACAACGGCAGACGGGAUGGGAUUGAAGGACAUUUCGUCCAAACGGAACCAUGCCGGCUAUCAGUCAGAUAGCGAAGCACAGAUGGGCAUCGCCUCCGAUCCGAUUAUAAAUACCUGGAUUGGUCCUUCAUGGACGAUAUCCCCAUUGCAUCACGAUCCCUACCAUAACAUCCUUGUUCAAGUUGUUGGUGCUAAAUACAUUCGGCUAUACUCGCCUCAUACCCCAGCAUCACAGAUAUACCCCCGAGGAAUGGAGUUGGUCAAUGACAGCGACGAGAAUAUCACGCCUGGUAAUCAAGACCAGACUGGCACAGGCUUAACUUCACAGAACACAGAAAAAGGCCAGCUGAUUGACAUGUCAAAUACAUCCCAGGUUGAUCUGGCAGCUAUUGAACUGUCACCUGCUGAAUUCGAGCUUUGGGAGUCUAAGUGGCCUGGAUUUGCUGAUGCAGAUUAUGUCGAGACAGUUUUGAAGGAGGGUGAAUGUCUCUAUAUUCCUGUUGGCUGGUGGCACUAUGUACGGGGGCUUAGAGCAGGUAUCAGCGUGAGUUUUUGGUGGGGUUAG